GAUGAAGAAAAACAAGAGUUCAACCCUUGUCAAUAAUAUUCUUUUGCUUAUAUUGGUUAUUAUCUUUGUCACAUUUUCUACCAUUUCAGUGGAGGGAAGAAAGCACCAAACCAAGAAGCACAAACCACACAAGCAUAAAAAAGAUAAGGGUGGUAAUGGAAAUGCUUCCGACUCGAGUAAUUCUCCAGGUCCUGCGCCGGCUCCUAUUCCUUCUUAUGGGCCUUACCCCUCUCGAUCUAGCAUUUUCGACGUCAUGUCUUUUGGAGCCAAAGGCGAUGGAGUUUCUGAUGAUUCCAAGGCACUUCUAGCAGCAUGGGAAGCAGCAUGCAAGGUUGCUGGGGCCACAGUAGAGAUUCCAUCAGAAUUCAAGUUCCUCAUCAAGCCGAUAACUCUUCAAGGCCCUUGUAUGCCUCAACUUGUUCUUCAGAUAGAUGGUAGUAUAUUGGCUCCUCCAAAAGUAGGAUCAUGGCAGAAAUACAGUUUAUUUCAAUGGAUAAACUUUAAGUGGCUCCAUAACUUCACCAUCCAAGGUAGUGGCAUUGUUGAUGGUCAGGGAACUAACUGGUGGAGUAACUCCAAAACUUAUCAAAUCCAGAAAAAAUCCAAGCACAUUCCGGGAAUGAAACCCACAGCUUUGAGAUUCUACUCAAGCUAUGAUGUCACAGUUCGCAACAUCAGAAUCAUAAACAGUCCUCAGUGCCAUCUAAAAUUUGACAGCUCUAAGGGUAUCAAAGUUGACAAUAUCACAAUAUCUUCGCCAGAGAAUAGCCCCAAUACAGACGGCAUUCACUUGCAAAACACACAAGACGUUGAGAUUCAGCAUUCAAAUGUUGGAUGUGGAGAUGACUGUGUAUCCAUACAAACUGGUUGCUCAAACGUUCAUAUCCAUCAUAUUAAUUGUGGCCCUGGACAUGGCAUAAGCCUAGGUGGACUAGGGAAAGACAAAACUGUUGCUUGUGUCUCCAAUAUCAUCGUUGAUAACGUCUCAAUCCAGAACACUCUAUCUGGAGUAAGGAUCAAAACUUGGCAGGGAGGGAUUGGAUCUGUGAAAAAUGUGUCAUUCUCCAAUAUCCAAGUCUCUGAUGUGAAGGUUCCUAUCGUGAUAGACCAGUACUACUGUGACAAUAGCAUCUUUUGCAAGAACCAAACCGGGGCAGUAGCGAUAUCCGACGUCAAAUACGAUCGAAUAAUCGGUACUUAUUCGGCGCAGCCUCUUCAUCUGGCUUGUAGCAAGGACAUCCCAUGCACAGAUGUUGAUCUAAACAACAUUCAGCUGAAUCCCUCGCCGCGGUGCCGAGGAUUCAAACAGGCCUUGUGUUUGAACUCUUACGGGAAAUCAGAGGCUCCUUUGGUUCCUUCAAACAUUGACUAUUGCUUGAGAGCUGUUGGGGGUCCAAUUAGGGGAAUUGCAAGGUCACAUGAGCAUGUGUGUUUCCCUAAGAUGAUAUAG